AUGUACAAGCUUCUGACUGCUUCUCUACUGGCCACUGUCGCCCUUGCGGCAGGCCACAAUGGCCUCAUUGCCCGCCAGGUCUCCAGCUGUGAAUCGCACACUGGCUUCAAGACCUGCAAGUCUUCCUGCAUUCCCGUCACCUACAGCUGCUGCGCUGUUGGUGAGGGCGGCUGCGAGCCAGGCACCUACUGCACCGACGAUGGCUGCUGCCCCAUCGGGGAGAUCUGUACUGGACCUGGUGGUACCGUGACUGGAACCUUGACGGAUACCAUCACCAACACCUUGACCGACACUAUUACCAAUACUCAGACAAACACCCACACCGAGACCGCGACGCCUACUGUCACUGAGGAGACCACGUCUACCUCCACCUCUACUUCUACUUCCACCUCGAUCUCGACCACUACAUCUCGGCCCGUCAUCCCCACCCAGCCCACGGUCACCUCUCCAAGCGGGACCCCAUCGCCCUCUGGCUCCUCCACCGCCAGCCCUUCCCCCCCUCUGUUCACCGGCGCCGCGUCGCGCCUGAACGCCGGCAUGGGUGCUGUGGCUGGUCUGAUUGCGGGAGCUGCCCUCCUAUAA